UUUACCAGCUCGGAUGGAGUUAAUAAAAUGACUAGCUUGUGCUUUUGUUUGUCUAAAGCAGCAAAAACAGCCUCUUGACUUAUCCAGCAUUGAACUCCACCGUAUGGAAACAUCCUGUAUGAGUGGCUCUUUCUGUUGCCCCACUCUUGUUUGCUCCCAGUGUAGUUCCUCCAUAUUAGCAGAGCAGACCAUGUGUUGAGUUUAGAAUGAAAACAAUUUAGUACUAUAAAUAACAAGGAAUUAAAAAAUGCCAUUUAAUGAGUAGCUCAUUGUGGCUUGUUGAUCACUUCAAAAAUUAGUUGCGGCAUUUAGUCCAAGAAAAUGCAGGUGACGUAUUGUUACCUUCAGAAUAACAUUUAAAGACAGACAUUUAUGAGGGUUUGUUUGCUGGUUGAAAGUGCAUGUAGGUGGACUGAUACAGGUAUCAAUAAUAUCUAUGCGAUUGCUGGUAUUUCUAUCUGAUCGAUACUUUAAUUGUAGGUUCAGUGUGUUGCUGUUCUUCAUUAGAAAGAAGACAUGUUUGUGCAUCUUCUCCUCCCUGCUCUGCUGUGUGGUGACUCGGCAGCUCAGAAAUUUGCCUCAAAAGCGUUCAGAUGUAGAUGAUAUGAUCCCAAGCGUAAACUAAGAUGUACAAAUGUAUGCAGCGAUGUGUGUGCUAUGUUUGAGGACUCACAAGCCCAUGCUUCAAUCCACACACAGAUAGGAAACAGUCUGAGAACACAUAAAAUUAUCUUACACAUGCGUACAUCCUCCAUAAAAUGUUACUUUUCAUUCGUCAUUUAAACUCUGGGUCAAACCCAAAAUAUUUGAUUUGAGUUUCUCUUUGUGUGUCCUCAGUUUCCCAGCAUGCUCUGGCUGUGGUGGUGGAGGUGAAUGAGGGGGAAAGGUCUGUCCUGCUGCCCUGUCUGUUCUCAGGUUUUAUACCUGAGGACACCACAGUGAUGUGGACCUCCAGUGACCUCGAUCCCAAAUCUGUACAUCAACGACGAGAAGGAGGAGACGAUGUUAGAGGACAAAACCAGCGUUACAGCAGACGCACAUCAAUGAAUCGUUACGCUUUCAUCAUUAAAGACUUCAGCCUCACUCUGAGGAAACCCACAAAGACUGACAGCGGCAACUACACCUGCUCCAUCAGUGCUGGAGGGAAAGAACGGAGACUUAGAGACAUCCAGCUGCAGGUCAAAGACCAGCAGGCGGAGGUGAUGGUGAGGGAAGGGUCAGAGUCUGUCAUCCUGCCCUGCAACACAACACCUGACCUGCCUGAGGACACCGCAGUGGAGUGGACUCGCUCUGACCUCGGACUCAUCACGGUCCAUGAGUAUUCUAACAGAAAUGAUGACAUCAUGACUCAGGAUGAAGUUUACAGAGACCGAACGAAGAUGAAUGAAGACCUGCUGAGAACUGGAGACCUCAGUCUGACCUUAAAAAAACCCACAGAGAGAGACAGUGGAGGAUACAUCUGCACCAUCUACAGAGAUAAAGACAUACUGAGACAGAAAAUUGUGCUGCAGGUCAAAGAACAACUGUCAUUCUGGGACGCAGUUCUCCUGUUUUGUCUUCUCGUGUUUCUUCUGAUUUUCCUGCUUCCUUGUGUGGUUUUAGUCUUAUUUCAUUUUAUGCAGUACUUCAUGUCAGAUUACGAGGUGAAGGUGGAUUCAGGGGUGGAGUCUGUCCAGCUGCCCUGCAAAGCUAUAGUCAGAUUCCUCAAAGACAGUAAAGUGGAGUGGAAGGACAGAGACGACAGGAAGGUCCAUGUGUAUCAGAACGGCUCUGACCCGCCUGGAGAACAGGACCAGUUUUACAGAGGACGAACAAAGAUGAAGAGAAACCUGCUGAAAUUUGGAAACUUCAGUCUGACCCUGAAACAUCCCACGGAUGGAGAUACAAACACCUACACCUGCACCGUCAGCAGACGGCAGGGAGCGAAAGAUCCUGAAUGGUUGAUCCUGAAUAAGAAAAAAGUGGAGCUGGAAGUCAGAGUCCCCAAGGUGGAGGUGGAUUCAGGGGUGGAGUCUAUCCAGCUGCCCUGCAAAACCACAGUUCGCCUCCCUAAAAACCCUAAAGUUGAGUGGAAGGACAGUUCAAAUAUGAAGGUCCACGUGCAUCAGAACGGCCCUAUACAGCAAGAAGGACAGUACCACCGUUACAGAGACCGAACAGAGAUGAAUGAAAAGUGGGUGAAAACACGAGACCUCAGAUAUAACUGA